AUGAUCUCUUCUGCCCUGGCUGCAGCUCGAAGCUCUGCGGGCACAAGAUUUCGCCAUGCAUUCCAGACCACAUGUCAGGCCUCGGGGUUCCGCCAGGCCGGCGCGGCGGCCUAUCAGUCCGCUGCGUACAGCCCUCCCAGCGGCAGUCGUCCCUUCGUGUCCCGGCCUACCAACGACGCCCCCGACCCGCGCAAGGUCAUCAUAUUCACUAACUACACCGUUUACAAGAGCAAGGCAGCAUUUAGCGUGAAAGUAAUCAAGCCGACCUGGGGCAGGACUGGCACGGGGAGUGGGAUCACCGUCACCAGGGACGGCACCCUCCUUUUUGAGUUUGCCAACGCCCGCGGCGAGCGCGACUACGACUGGGAGAAGAAGGAGAACUUUGCCUUGAGUGCAGUCGAGUGCGCAGGCAUCCUGGAGAGCGUAGAGGCGGGCAAGGAGGCCUCUUUCUUCCAUGACCCAAACAAGAUGUCGGCGAAUGAGGGACAGAUUGUCAAGACCCUGCGCUUGUCCCCGGGUCAGAACAAUAGCUACUUCAUGUCUCUCAGCGUGAAGAACCAGGGGCAGCAGGCGCGCUUUGAUCUGCCCCUCAGCAGCGCAGAGCUCCGAGUCGUCCGCAGCAUCAUCGAUUUCAUGAUACCAUACAUGCUGGGCUUCAAUGAACUGGUGCUGGGACCCCCCGACAUCCAAGACGGCUCAUCUGGAGGCCAGUUCAACACCCCAGGGGGCCCCGAGCCACCAUUCUGA